AUGACUCAUCAUUUUACUAUAAUAAAAAAUAUGAUCUCCACCAGCCACAACUCAGCCUUACGAUUAAAAUACUCUUUGGAAGUCAGCAUACAUUCCAUCAAAAUCAAGCUUGAAGAAGCUGAGCAAAUCCAAGUAAUCAUCAAGAGAAAAAAAUCAGAAAUUAUAGCAGAACCAAAAGAAUAUAACAAAGUGAGUUGAGAGACUUCAAUAGAAGAACUGCUAACUUUUGAUAUCACUAUGUUUUGCGAGCAAGAUAAAUAUUACCAAAAAACCUUGGAUUUUUAUAUUAUUGUAAUAAACGGAAAUACUAAAUUUAAAAUUGGACACGCUGUAUUGGAAAUCUCCGAAAUAGCAGUUUCAGGAAAUCCAAUAAUAAAAAAGAACGUUCCAAUAGAAAAUAUUUCAGAUGACGAAGCUUUUCUAAGUGUCAGCGUUGCAAUGAGCGAAAUAAAUGAAAAUAAAUCAAAUGACUCUCAUAUUGAUUUACAAUGCAGAGCUGAAGAAAGCCAUAUACUAUCAGCGAUAAAAGAUUUCAAUAGAAAAUUUGAAUUUCUUCAAAGCAUAAAGAUGACGUCAUCAAUGAAUAAUUUACUAAUCCAUGAAAAUGCCAUUGAAAAUUCCUCAAAUUCAUCAAGAUUGACUUGGAGCACUCUGGAGUCAGAUGAAUUUAAUAUCAAGCUUGUAGACAAUCAACAUUUAUGCUUUAUUAUAUUAAACUCUAAUUAUAAUAUGAUUUGCUAAUAAUGCAUUAUGAACUAAAAGCAUAGAUAUUAAUAUAGUAUAUAUCCUUUGCAUAUAAAUAGCGAUCUGCACUAUUAUAAGCUUUAAAAUUUUGAAAAUUAAAUGGAGAAGAUAUAAAUAAUUUUAAAGUUGAUAAAGAAAAUCAAGCACUUAACCCUUCCGAAUUAAUUGAAAGCACACAUCGAAAGAGGUUUUAUUCAGCUGAAGAGUUUUAUCACCUAUCAGAAAGUUCGAGUUCUGAUGAAGAGCCUGAAAUAAAAUAUGAAGUGCUGGAUUCUAAGCUUCCGAAACGGACAAUGUCAGAAGUAUAUCCAAACAUGCAGUCAAAACUAGAAAUAAUUCGCCAAAAAGAAAGAAAUUCAAGAGUGUCAAGUAAACGUGCUGGAACUUGCUCUAGGUGCAUUACAUUUUAA